GUGUGCCAAGCAAUGAAACUUUUUAUGGGUUAGCGUUUGACUCAUCUGAAGGGCCUAAGACACAUACAUUGGAUUUAUGGCAUUUAUUAACUAGUGUCAGUACAACUUGUGCUCCAGAACAGACAAGCAGAGGAAUAUUGAGGCUCAUAUACCUUGCAGAAAGAAACAUCACAAUGAAUAGCCUCAUUUUCUUGGCAGUCCUUUGCUCCACAGCCUAUGUUGCGUUUGCACAGAAUACGCCAAUACGACCACCGUUUUUGCCAGGACCUCCUGCAGCAGGAGCUCCUCGUUUACCCUCCAAGGGAGUAGCUGGUCUUGCGAGGCCACACAAAAGUUUUUUAAAUAAUCCUUAUCUGAUGCUGAUGGGAGACAAGUACUUUGAGGUGGCCGCUUUGGAUAUGCUGAUGGAUCCUUCUACACAAGUCUCGCCGAUCCAGCGAAUGGUGAUAGCGAAGAAUGCGGAUCUUAACCCCAUCGAUAUGAUGUUUGCCGAUCGUUUUAGAGGAUCGCAGGGGAUGAGGUCAUUGUACGUUCCCGCGAUGAUGUCAAUGAUGUAGAAGCCGCAGCCACAGUCGCAGCAGCCGCCGCCGAAGACGACGACGACAUCAUAUCUGUCAUCAUCACAUUUUUGAUAUAUCAAAUGAUCCAAUGUCGGUAAUAGAUGCGUGCCAAUGUUUUGAUUUUAACAAUUUGAAACCUUUGAUUUCGAAAACGCUUGCAAUCAGAGACGUUCGAGAAUCCUGUACAAUGUCUAAAAAUGUGUGACGAUAAACGUAUCUGCCUAUACCGACUUUGUAUUUUAUGUAUCUCAUGUCACAGUGGCAUAUAUUUCACAACAUAAAUAAAACACUUAAUACAUU